AUGGCUCAGUCACAAUACCUGCCACUUCUUCCUCAAGGUGAAUCACCAGGACAUAUGGAUAUAUCAGAUGAUAUAAACGCAGGUGCCCUUCCAGAUCUAUAUCCGACACCCUCUGCGACACCUGCGACGGUCACCCCAAGAGCAGACUCGAUCCAAGGGGAAACACCACUGGCGAGAACUGCAUUGCAAAGAAGGAGAGAGAUGAAGGGAGUCGGCGCCUACCGCGACCUUCCCUCGUUUCCUCCCUUCGACCGGCCGAUCCCAAACGAUGCCACCCUCGAAGAAAUCUGCAUCUUCUACCCCAAUCACAUCCGAGGCGCCUGCCUGGACGCCUUCGUCCAAUGGAUGUGGUCGGCGACAGAUAUUUACAAUCACCUGACCGAGGAGGCGAAGAGAGAAUUCAGAGAGGAAGGAGUCGCGAGAUGCAAGGCGUACGGCAACCGAGCAAAUUUCCUGAUGAAGCGACUGGAUGCGCAUCUGAAGAAGAUGACUGCAGAGGAAGUGAGAGCAUUAUGUACUGCGCCGAAGAUUCGUGGUUGUUUGAUAGAUGGCAGCGAAUAUUACGGUGCCUCCAAGUUACAAGGAAAGUUCAACAAUCCCAAUGCGCAGCCUGUGAGAUCGUUUCCGAACCGAAAGAAAGGAAUAAGAAGAAACACCGACCGUCCAGCAGCAGCAGCAGAUCAGCCGCAGACUGUUAUCCACGGUUUCGAUGGGUUCUCGCUGUGGGACUCGCAGGCCGAGCUCGAGAAGUACAGCAAUAUAAUGGCAGAUCUCUGGACCCAGCAGUGUGCCUUUGCUGAAUUGAUUAUCAGCUCUGAUGCGCACCUUUUCAACGUCGAUGGUAAGCAGCGCAACGACUUCAUCUUGCAAUUGAUGAAGUGGCCGGUCACGGCAGAGUCACAGACAUUCUUCAACUUCGACCCUAUCACGGCAUGCCCAACCUUCGUCGAGUGGAUCAGCAACAAAGUGAGAUAUAUUGUCGCUUCCGUCACGUCCCCGACAGAUCUUUCGGUGCCGUCUCUAGCCAUGCCCGGCAACAUCAGUCAGCGUGAGAAGUUGAACUUGGCUAGACGACAUGCGGUUUCUCUGGUUUUGGCAGAAGGGCGAGCUCUGGUAUCGAAGCUCUAUCAGGUCGCUCUAGGCCCCGACAGCGCCACGCAAACUGGUGUGAUGAAGGUUGGACUAGUCCAUCAGAUGGUACAUUCAAUCUCGAGUCCAGAAGAUGGUCGUAAUGAACAGACAAGUGUGAUCGCUGUCGGCGAUGAUCUGGACAGUCUGCUCAGCCGGGGCUCGAGAAGAUCCAGUAAAAGAAAUAAGGUCAGAUCGCCCAAGCGAGUGACAUUCGAAGCUCCGAAUAAUGUAGAGCAGCAAGGGAGUUCCACCGAUCCAGCUGGUGCAGCAACAAGUAGCACGUGCGGACCACAGCAAUAUCAAGCAUUCACAUCCAGCCAGGAGUCCAACAAUAACCACGGAACAGCAAGUUAUCUCGGCCCUGAGAUCCCAGGGCCAGGAGCUGAGAAUGCUUCUGAAGAGGUCGAUCACAGAAACUGGCCAAAUGAAACCGAUUCCUUCGGAGAUGACAUGGAUUUGACUUCUGACACCCCAAAUGGAGGCAUGGACAGUGAUCCAGAUUGGUUAAAAGAUGUUUUCGAGAGAGAUGGUGAUUUGAGUUUGAACAUGAAUGGCCAACCGAAGAUCAUGGACGGCGAUCCAGAUUGGUUAAAAGCUCUUCUGAAGGAAGAAUUUGAGGGAUUUGGACAAAGACCUGUCCGUCAUUCUGCCUCGAUGUAA